AUGACUGAAAAAAUUCACUUGAGGUCAAUGGCUUCACCUUUGGAUGAAUACCGUAAUCGGGCCACAAUCAAAUGGCAAGAAUUGAGAGAUGUAGUUGAAGGCGAAGAUAACGUGAAGAUCAAGGAUCAAAUAUACGAAAAACUUCGGAAGGAUCCUCUUUUUGCCCGUAACUUCGAUCGGCCUUCACUCAAACAACUCCGGGAGUUGAACCAUCGGCGUUGGAAACGAAUCGUCGAGCUAGGACUGCCGCUUGAUCAGUACAGCGACCCCCAGGGUUACCAAUGCCUUAUGGAAGUGCUCGAGACCUACGAUCAGGGUUUGUCAGCCCGAAUAGCCCUGCAUUCAUCGGUGUUCGGCAUGGCGGUAGCGUCGAUGGGCACCAAGCGUCAUGAUGAGAUCGUGCAGAAAACCAGAAGGAACGAGAUAGUUGGCUGUUUCUGUCUGACCGAACUCGGUCAUGGAUCCAACACACAGGAGAUCCAGACCACCGCUACCUUUGACAACGGCGAAUUUGUCUUCAACUGCCCAUCCGAUCAGGCUGUGAAGUGCUGGGCUGGCAACUUAUCACAUUCCGCCACCCACGCAGUCGUUUUCGCUCAACUAUACGUCCAGGGUAAAUGUGAAGGAGUGCAUGCGUUUGUACUGCAAGUCAGAGAUCCGACUACGUUCGAGCCACUUCCGGGCAUUACGAUCGGGGAUAUGGGCGAAAAACCCGGUGCAUGGAACGGGGUCGAGAACGGCUGGAUGGAAUUCAAGAAACACCGUGCUCCGCUGUGGACACUCCUGAAUAAAGGUUGUGAUGUAACAGCUACCGGAAAAUAUGUGUCCAGCUACAAAUCUUCAGCCGAGAGGCAAUCCGUCAGUCUAGGAGCAUUGUCGAUUGGA